AUGAUGUAGACUUUUAUUUUUUUUAUUUUUUGUGGUGCAUACAUUCAUAAUGAAAACAAAUAUGCGGGUUGGACAUAUAAAAUUAAAAAAAAAAUUCUUUGUCUUUCUUUUCUCUUUCUUUAAUAACGAAGAAGAAAAAAAAUGUUAAAGAAUAGCAUGCAUCAGAAACAAGCAGCUUCUGAAAGCAAUACAACUUCCAAGUUUGUAUUGACCGAUGAACAUGUCGUACUUUACAUUCAAACGUUUUUUAAAGUCUCACCUCGUUGUGCUACAGGCGCCGCACCUGCUGGUGAAUGGCUUCAGUUCUUGGAACUUUACAACGAACGCGAAGGUCAUUACAUCUUGACAGAUCAACAAAUGGACACCGUUCGUCCUUACUGUCAGAUCAAUGCUGAGGUAGAAAUGACCCCAGAAGACUUUAUUACUCUUAUUUAUCUCGUUCGUCACAACCUCACACAACCUACACAUCCAAUUACACACUCAGAUACACACCCAAAUACACCAUCACCACCAUCAGCUGGGCAAUCCAGUCGUAAAGAAGAUGAAAUCACACCGCAAAUGAGUGUUUCCACCAAACAAUUAUUGGACUCUAGACCUCGAUCUUCUAAACUCAUCUCCAGAAGUUAUUUUCGAGCUCAGAACAGUCCCACACAUCCCGGCUCGGAUGACGACUUUUCAACUUUAUCUAGGAAAUCAGAGUAUUCAAAUGAUGACUUUUCCAAUCAUCAUCUUAAUCCCGCUUAUGCUGGCGAAUCAGAUUCUAAUGAUUUAGUCGAAACAUUGAAAAGAGAUAAAUCGAUGGCUAUAAAAUUAAACAAAGAAUAUGAGUCUACAAUUAAAAGCUUGAUUAGUGAACAUUCCGCUCGUAUCAAUCAACUACAAUCAAAGUAUGAGAAUUUAUCUAUUGAAUCUAAUCAACUCAAAGCAUUGAUCUCUACCCAAAAGAACAAGGAAAGAGAAAGACUGGAUAAGAUAUCAGAGAUGCAAAGUAUUGUUGCUGAAUCAGAUAUGAAGCUAUCAAAUGCUUUAAAGAAACAACAAUCCAAGGAUGAAGAAAUCGACAUGUAUAGGGAAAAACUUGCUGAAUUGGAACAUAAUUUCGAAAUAGCCAACAAAAACUUGGCAGAUAUCUCUCAAAAACUCUCCCAUGAACAAGAAACUGUCCGAGCUCUCCAACUCGAUACAAAAAAAACUCAAAAGGCCUAUGAAAAGGAAACUCAAUCUGUUAGGGAUCUUAAAGAAAAGCUGCGACAUCAGAAAAGAGAACAGGGAGUUUUAUUAGAGCUCGUGGAGAAACAAAAAGCAGAAUUACGUGAACUCGAUAUGAAUACUCAAUUGGGUACUUCCGUAGCAGUUUCAGUCGCCGAAGCUUCCUUGGCUUUAGAAAAAGCGGAUGCCGAGAUUAAGGAUUAUCAAGACAAGAUAGCCUCAUUGGAGUCCAAGUUAAAGGAGAAUGAGCGACAAAUCAGCGAAUACGAAGAGCAAAUGCACAAAGACCAAGAAAUUAUGGAGGCUUUCGUUCAAUCACAAACGAGCCAAGAUAAUGCCAUGGACAAGUUAAAGACAGACUUCAGCACUCAACAUCAAAAGAUGUCUAUUAUCCAAUCAUUGGUUUCCUUUAAAGACAAAUGCUUAAAGAGAAACAAAAUCACCAACUGUAUGAACGUGUUGUCCUGGUCAUUUUUCCUCUACCAUGUCUUAUUAGUGAUUGCCAACAUGUAUGCCUAUGGAAAUUCUGACAAUAUUCGUAUGAAUCCUGUAUUUGACUUAUUGGAGCGCUUGGAUGACUGGUACACCAUGUAAAACAAAUCUUAAUUUCUCUUCAAUGUCUAUAUAUCCAUCAACUUCAUUCUGUACCAUACUAUAUCUUUCUUUCCAUUCUUACGCAGCAUACUCAGCUUUUUCUUUCUUCUAUACUAAUCAAUAUUAAUAAAAACCUAACAACGUCUGUCAGUUUCCAUAGGGAACAAUGACUGUAUUGUUUGUUGUUUAUCGCAUGA